GUGAUGCUAUGGUCGUUUUACAUGCUGUCUAUAUGUUGUUAUGGCCUGAAUGAGAAAGAAAUAAUAACUAAAGGAAAGUAUACGCCCUUCGUACAAGUAUAUUUUACUUAAUUCCAUCGGGUUCGGAGUCCUCAUUUAUCAUAACCCUUGGAAAGAGACAAAGCCAUUUGUCGAUUUGAUUUCAACUUGCUGUCAACAUGUCAACCUGUUAGUGUAGAACAGUGUAGUUUGGAUUGGAGAUGUAGCUUAGUCCUGAUAGUGGACAGAGCUUCUACACUUGUGUGAAGACAUUGAAUUAAGUCAGAAUGGACACGGUGACCAGCACAGUGGAUACGGUGACCAGCACAGUGGGUCACGUCCACUUGAUGAGUAAGUGUGGCUCCUGCAGGAAACUGUUUCACAGAGACGAAAUCAUCGACUCUAUCAAUGGAUCAAACAGAUCCUAUCAGUGCGCCACCUGUGGUGAAAUGUUCGAAAGACGGCAGGUUUUGGAGACUCACGUGGCUGGACAUCCUCUUGAUAAGACGCUGCUAUGUGAUGUCUGUAAGAAAGUGGACCAGAUUUGUAAGUCUGUGAGUGAGGAUCUUGUGUAUAUGAUGGGGCAGAAAGGUGCGGAGGCCGCGGGGGCAGUGGGUGUUUCUGAGGGCGGGCCGACUUCUGCAGCCGACCACGACACAGAACCGCGACAGAGGUUCAAAGCGUGUGGCAUAUGUGGGGAAUGGUUUAGUGAUGCCAAGGAUUUGGAAAGUCAUUUGAUGAUACACAAAAUCAAGGAAUCUUAUAAUCGUAAAGUCAAACUAUCAGAAAAAGGAACGGAUGAAAAGUCCCACACAUGUGAUGUUUGUGGUAAAGAUUUUCAACAUUUAUCUCGUCUCAAAAUUCACAGGAAGACGCACACUGGUGAAAAACGUUAUAAAUGUGAAGUAUGCGAGAAAGGAUUUUACUUUCAAUCCCACAUGCGAACCCACAUGCGGACACAUGAAGGGGAUAAGCGAUUUCACUGUGAAAUUUGCGGGAAAACGUUUUAUUUCUUGUCGCACAUGCAGACACACUUCCGAACUCACACUGGCGAUAAGCCGUACGAGUGUGACCUCUGUGGGAAGUCGUUCAGCCUGCAGUGUAACUUACAGAGACACAAAAGGACGCACACAGGCGAUAGACGGCAUAAAUGUGGCAUCUGUAGCAAGACCUUCAUCGAUCAGUCGGGAUACCAAGUCCACAAGCGCACACACACGGGAUACAGACCGUACAAGUGUGAUGUGUGUGGGAAAGAGUUUAGUCAGACGGCACAUGUGCAGCGACACAUGUUCAUCCACACGCGCGAGAAGCCGUAUUCCUGUGAACUCUGUGGGAAAAAUUUUCGCUGGACCGCCGAUUUGCAGAGACAUCAUCGCACACACACAGGAGAUAAGCCGUACAAAUGUGAUGUGUGUGAGAAGACCUUCAUACAGGCCUCAGGACUCCGAAUCCAUGCCCGGACUCACACAGGGGAAAAACCCUACACCUGUAAUCUGUGUGGGAAAGCGUUCAGUCAAGCGUCAAACUUAAAUACGCACGUACGCAAACACAAAAAUUUUGUGUGUGGUCUGUGUGAUAUGGCAUUCUCCGACCCUGAGCAGUUAAAGCUCCACAUGAAGAGUCAUACUUCUUCUGUAGAAGCUGGUCCAUCAGAAGAAAUGUACAUCAGCUAUAAGUCUGUAUCAGACACAUAGAGAAUCAGACACAUAGAGAAUCAGACACAUAGAGAAUCAGACACAUAGAGAAUCAGACACAUAGAGAAUCAGACACAUAGAGAUAGAAUCAGACACAUAGAGAUAGAAUCAGACACAUAGAGGUAGAAUCAGACACAUAGAGAAUCAGGCACAUAGAGAAUCAGACACAUAGAGAAUCAGACAAAUAGAGAAUCAGACACAUAGAGAAUCAGACACAUAGAGAAUCAGACACAUAGAGAUAGAAUCAGACACAUAGAGACAGAAUUAAACACAUAGAGACAGAGUCACAGGGCCCGCUUCAUUUGUCUACACCGACCACAAAGUGUACACCAUUCCAUAAUCAAGUGCAAAGGUGUACACUUUCUGGUAGACACUUUUUGGUGUACACCUUCUACACCCUGCACAGGGCAUGUGUUGUUAAUUGUACCCAAAAAUUUAAUGUAUCUGGCUGACAAAUGGUCAGACUGAAAAUUUGCAGGUGUUUUUUCCCCAUAUUUUUGUUAGUUGUGAAGUAUAUAAGAGAAUUAUUGCAGUAUAUUGUAUGUAGUCAUUUACAAGAGUUUAAUACAUUUUUGUAAAAAAAAAAAAAAAUAAUUUAGUAAUCAUUGUAUAUUUUCUAAGUUAUUUGCAUUAAAAUUGUUAAUUCUCCAAUGAGGAUCUCCUCAGCUGCUGAAGGUCCAUAUUGAAUACACUACACUGAAUUGCUUUUGAUUAUAAGGUGUAAUCCAACUACAAGGGGUGUACAAAGCAAGCAUGCCCAACGAUUUUUGUGCGGGAAUAUAUCUAGUGUAUUUGUAUAUAUUUUUUUUUACAGAGUUUUAAACUCUGAUGCUACAUGCAGGAGAUUUUUAGGUUCUUACCAAUCUACACAUUGUCACUUCCUGUUGGUAUCUACACAUUGUCACUUCCUGUUGGUAUCUACACAUUGUCACUUCCUGUUGGUAUACACAUUGUCACUUCCUGUUGGUAUACAAAUUGUCACUUCCUGUUGGUAUCUACACAUUGUCACUUCCUGUUGGUAUCUACACAUUAUCACUUCCUGUUGGUAUACACAUUGUCACUUCCUGUUGGUAUCUACACAUUGUCACUUCCUGUUGGUAUCUUUAGACCAGCAGUCUAAAAAUAAAAAAUAAAAAUUUAAAAUUUGUAAAACAUUUUAAAUUGCUUAAAUUGAGACAACUUUCAUUGUUUGUUUUGGAGUUUUGUUGAACAUUGUGGGUUUUUUUUUUAUUAUUUGUUUUGCAGAGCAUGCCUAUUUUUUUUUUAUAUUAUUGUUAUAUAUAUUUUUUUAUGUCUAAUCUGAACAUGUUUGGUAUCAGAGAAAAAUUUGGCCUUGAGCAAUAUCAAGUCGGAUACUUUUUUGAUUAAUAUGAUUCAAAGUUGAAUUACAAAGAUUUGAUUGACACAGUUUUUCAAUAUACCACCAGGUUAGCUAGAUUUCAUUGUGGCUGUACUGUAUAUAGACCUGUAAUUAGCUUUAUUUGUAGCAUAACAGAUAUAUAUUCAUAUAUAGAUAUAUAUACAUACAGUAAAACUCGUUUAUAGUGAACCUCUAGUGCCAGCUAAAAACUUUUCAUUCUAACCAAAUUCCAUUAUACCCAAUAAGAUUUUCACUAGUUUCCUCUUAUCAUGCUCAUAGGGGAAUAAAUAUCACUUCGCAAUAAGCAUAGAUUCGUUAUAUAAGUGUGUUCGAUAUAAGCAUAGUUUACUGUAUAUAUAACCCAGAAAUAAAUAUAGAAAAAAUCUACACAAGUCUUAGUACAUGGACAUUGUAAUAGAACUAUCACAAAAGCCUAAGGCCAAGUAAAAUUAAUUAGUAGAUUAUCAUUCCCGCCCGCCCCUCGAAAAUCGCCCCGCCCCGAUUUUUUUUAUUUUUCAAAAUUACAAUUUCCGGAUAUUUUUAUGUCCGGUCCGGUAUCGUAAUCGUACUUUGUUUCACUUUGCCUUUUAGAAACCCAAAUACACAUGUAGUUAUGAUUUAUAAAGCCUUUUCUCAAUGAGAGAAGGCAUUUUCGAGGUCAAGAAUACCAUGGCGAAAAAUAAAAAAUAAAAUCCUCCCACCCGCCCCAUUUUUUUGUGAAGUUUGAAUGAUAAUCUACUAAUUAAUUUUACUUGGCCUAAUAUAUAGUAUAUCAGCUUUGUGAUACAUAUUCACACAUACAUAUGUAUAAUCUAUCAGCUUUGUGAUACAUAUUCACACAUACAUAUGUAUAAUCUAUCAGCUUUGUGAUACAUAUACACACAUACAUAUGUAUAAUCUAUCAGUUUUGUGAUACAUAUUCACACAUACAUAUGUAUAAUCUAUCAGUUUUGUGAUACAUAUUCACACAUACAUAUGUAUAAUCUAUCAGUUUUGUGAUACAUAUUCACACAUACAUAUAUGGAGAUGCUGUAUAAUGGUCCUAUUAGCUCACCAAAGCUUUUCUGAUCAAAAGUUAGUUGUUAUUUAAUUUUGUUUUAAGACUUUUUUUUUAUAUAUACAGAUUAGAGAUAAUUUUGUUUUUAUUAAGACUUUUAUUUUUAGAGAUAAUUGCAGUGUAGUGAAAAUAUGAUGUAGUCUUAUGAAAAUCUUUUUCUUCAGAACAACUCUCCAUUUUCAACCAAACACGCUGCAAUGACUCCUUUGGUAUGGUCUUCAAAUGAAGGGUUAUGGUUAUGUCCCAAUCUAAGGGGAGAUAAGUAAGAAAUUUAGUAAUGAAAGGCAGGGCUACUUAUAAGUCCUCUCAAGAAUUCCUUAUACAGAAAAAAACCCUCCAGGUAUGUUCCUUGUAUAUAGGAGAUUCACCUUUAUCACACACUGACCUACAAGGCAAUGCUGGGGCCUCAACGGGCAAAUUUUACAUAUGUUCAUUAAUGUGCGCUAUAAAUGGUGUAUAGGGGCCACAUAUUUUGAAAAGGGGUUUAAGUUUUACAUAUAUCCAUUAUCAUGGUCUAUAAAUGCUGUUUAGGGGCCAUAGAAAGGAUUUAGAGUAGUACAAAUAUUCAUUAUUGUGGUCUAUAAAUGCUGUUUAGUUUAGGGGCCACAGAAAGGGUUCUAAGUUUUACAUAUAUUCAUUAUUGAGGUCUAUAAAUUCUAUUAUUAGAUUUUAAAUUGCUUACCAGAAAAUGUUGUUGCUGUAUUUUUCGGUGAUGUGAAAGAGUUAAAAGUACAUUUGCAAAUAUUUUUAAUUAGGCCAGUGGUCACAAAUGUGUUAAAGAUUUUUAUGUAUUUACUUAGACCAGUGGUCAGAGACUGUGUAAAAACAAUAAAGUCUUUUAUAUACACUGGUCAGACUGGUCAGAGACUGUGUACAAACAUUAAAGAUUUUUAUGUAUUUACUUAGACCAGUGGUCAGAGACUGUGUAAAAACAAUAAAGAUUUUUAUGUAUUUACUUAGACCAGUGGUCAGAGACUGUAAAAACAAUAAAGAUUUUUAUAUAUUU